AUGUACAACCAGUUUGUGCGCGUCCAUUCUGACUAAAGGACCGACAAUACGACACAACUCUCUCCUUACACACACAAAUUAUACCAAAAUCAACCCAGUGUUUGUGUUGGUUAUCUAAUCUUGAGAAAAACAAGGAUAAUUUUUAAGAAAAACUUUAAACUAAAAACGUUAUGCGGGUAUUAAUUAAGAGAAAAACCAUAAAAUCCAGGACCUUCAGUGGUUCAGUUCUUCAACUAUGAAAAUUCAAGAAAAAUAAGAAUAUAUUUUUAUAUAAUCAUAGUCAUAAGAAAGGGUGUGUGUGAUUAAAAUGUAGAAACAAAAAUAAUUCUAUACACAACAAAAUCAAGGAUAUGAAAAAAUAAGUGUGUGAUUGUGCUUCAUUUGAAUGUUUAAAUUAAAAAUUAUAAACUUAAAUUUAAGUGUUAAAUAAAUUUAAAAAAAAAGUAUAUAUACAAAAAUAGUAUACAUGUAAAUGAAAAAAGUGUUACUUGUUUAUCAAAUACUAAAAAAUUACUACACAUACCUAAACACAAUUGAAAAAUAUUUAACUAGGAUAAGGUUGCUAUUCAAACAACAACAAAAAGAACAACAAAAAGAUUGCAUAAUCAUUUUCGUCAAAGAAAAACAAAAGGACAAAACAGCAAACAUACAAAAAUUUGUUUUGCUAAAUAUUUCGUGUGUUACGCAAUCACAAAUCGUCGUAUGACGAGCAAAGAAAAGAGUGAAAAGUUUUCAUUUUGAUCAAAAACAAAAAAGAAAAAAUCUUCAUGAAAAUUUUUGGAAAAAACCAUUUGAACAAAAAAACAAACGAACAUAUACAAUAAUUCCGGAAAAUCGUCGAAAGAAGAACCCAUAUAUUUUUUCCUUCUCCCAUUAAAGAUUGUGUUUCCUUAUAAAUUUUUCUUUUACUAUACCUCCAAACCUCACCAUCAUCGUAAGUAAAAGAGGUACCUACAAAUGCAGCAAUAAAAUAUAUAUAAAUGUGUGCAACCACACACACACACAAGACACAAGUAUUAUGGUACCUAAUUUAGGUCCAUAUAACUGAGCGAAAAUAUACACAAACAAAAAUGACAAUGUCUUCGGGUAAAAUCAACAAAUUCUACCCUAUUGUUGAUGGCUAGGUAAAAAGCUUUCUAUAGAUACUUUUGAAAGAGAAUUAAUACUACGCACAAGCCCGGAAGAGCUAUUGCGCGCAAAAGUUAAAAAUCAGCGAAAAAUUGAGCGAAUUAAAAAAAAACACACAAAGAGAGUUAAAAGAGAGAGAGGGGGAAAAAUGGCAACAACUGCUGCGCUUACGCUAUUUUACUACUCUCCUCAAAAAGAGAUAAUAUACAGCGAAAGUUUUCUUUCUUACCUGAUACUGAUUUCGACGAAACUAACAACCCGUUGAAAAUUACCGUAUAAUAGUUGUUCGCGUUUCGCGGACUAACAACGUUAUAAAAGUUUCUCUCUUUAAAUAAUAACCGUGUAGACAAAAAAAAGAAAAAACUAUGGGUCCCUAGUAGAGUUGAAAAUUCUUAAGUUCUUCAUAAGAAAAUACUUAAAAUCGAAAAGAAGAAGAAAAAGAAGAAACAAAAAUGUUCAAAGGUGUCAAGAGAAGAUAAAAAAUGGUCUAAAUACUAUUUUAUUUUAAAACCAUUUUUCCUUCCUUCAAAAAUAAAAAUAAAAUUUUAAAAAUAAAAAUUAACACCCAUAAACACUUGAGUAAAAAUUAAGUGUUCUUUUUUUCAUCUAUCUUUUUUUUUUUAAUUUACAAAUUAAUAAAAUAAAAUUAAUUAAAAAUAAAUACAAAGUGAAAGUGUAAAAAUUAAAAAAAAAUAUAUAUAAAAAUAAUAUAGUGCGUAUGUAAACAAAAAUUAGAAAAGAAUUUAUGUGUGAAAUAUUCUUCUUUCAUUAUUUUACUUUAAAUUUUCCAUCUACUACUGUUUAAUCUAGUAUCUAAUAACCUAUUUCUCUAUUACUUUUUUUAUUUCUAAUCUAAGAAAUAAUAAAAAAAAACUAUUUCUCUAAAAAUUCUAUAAUCGUGUCUUGUUUCGCUUUAAAAAAAAUAUUACAAAAAUAAACAACAACGAUCUUGUAUUAGCGAGCGUAUUAUGGGUCCAAUGUUGCCAGAACAACUAAAUAAUAAUACAAUUAUAAUAAAAAAUACUACUAAACGGAAUAUUGAUAAUCAUCAUCAACAACAACAACAAGAAAAAAUAACUAAAAAUGCAAUUUGUAAGUGGAAAAACUUCAAAAACGAAGAAAAAAUUAAAAUUAAUUACCAAAACACCAACAAAAUCAUCAAAAACACCAACAAUUACUACCUAACCAAAAAAUGUAAUUAUGGCAAUGAUGUUGAAAAUAAUACAGAUGUAGAUUUAAUAAGUAAAAAGAUGUUGCCAUCAUCAAAAGAAGAAGGAAAUGAAGUUGUAGAUACAACUGAACAACAAUCAUUUCUUAAAAUUAUUAAAAAUAUUAAAUCAACAACACAAAAAGAAACAGAAACAGAAACAUCAACAACAACAACGACAGAAAGUCAACAACAACAAGAACAACAAACAGAAAAGGAAGGUGAAAAUACUUUGGAUUUUGAAAAAGAGCUGCUAUUUUUGAAAACUACCGAAGAAGAUGUUCAGAAUAAUUAUACCCGUCGGCGUCGAAGAGGCAGACUAAGGCUUCAACAAAAUAAUCCUUCAGAUAAUUCCCCGACAUCAACAACAAAUGAAACAGAAACAGAAACAGAAAUAGAUACAACAAGCAAAAUAAAUAAUAAUAUUAUAUUAAACAAUAACAACAAUACCGCAUUCACAAUAAUAAAUUUAGAUAAUAAUUUUAGUAAAACUUCGCUGCGUAGUAUUCAACAACAACAACAAAAAAUAAAUCACCAACAAAAUCAACAACAACAAAAAGAAAAAUUAUUAUUUAUUAAAUUAAAUAAUAUGCUAAAAAAAUUCAGCACGUUAUCGUUGAUGUUGUUGUUAUUAGUUAUCACAUCGUUAUCGAAAUUUUAUCGUUAUGUAAAUAUUAAUAUAAUUAACCAAAAUAAUAAUAAUAAUAAAAAUAUAAAACGUCGACUAGCAGCCAAUAUUAUAAAUAAUAAUAAUAAUAAAUAUAAAAAUAAUUUAAAAUUUAAAUUAAAUAAUAAUAAGAUUUAUGUAAAAAAUUAUUAUAUUUUAAUUGGUUUAUUUGUUGCCACAACAAUACUUCCAUUAAAUUUAGUUAAUGCAGCUAAACCAUUUCAAAAUUCACAAAAGCAUACAAAUCACAAUAACAACAAUAAUAAUAAUAAUCAUCAUCAUGGUGGCGGCGGCGGCAACGGAGAAGGACAUUUAUCAUCAUCAUCAGCGAUAUCAUCAUCAUCAGGAGCAACUGUCUUAACACCAGCACCACCAUUAUUAGCAGAUGGAGGAGCAGGUGGCGGUGGAGGUGGUGGUACAUCAGCAGCAUCAUCAGAAACGGAAUUUAUAUAUCAAUCAUCACAAUCCGAUGAAAAUUUUGAUGAUGAUGAUGAAGAUAAAAAUUCAAUGCAAUAUAAUACAAAUGAGAUGAAUUCCCUAAAUAAUAAUGCAACGGGUCCUAACAUAACAGUCACAAAAACCCCUCUAUUCCCCCCGGACCUAUUUACAAAGGAACAGUUAGAAAACGGUGCUGUUAUAUGUCAUAUAAUUGGUGUUAUUUAUAUGUUUGUCGCAUUAGCGAUUGUGUGCGACGAGUUUUUCGUGCCUUCUUUGGAUGUGAUCAUCGAAAAACUAGGUAUUACCGACGAUGUAGCCGGUGCUACAUUCAUGGCCGCUGGCGGAAGCGCGCCCGAGCUUUUCACAUCCGUUAUUGGUGUAUUCGUUUCGUUCGACGAUGUUGGUAUUGGUACAAUUGUCGGUUCGGCCGUAUUCAAUAUCCUCUUCGUGAUCGGUAUGUGUGCGCUAUUUUCGAAAACCAUCCUAACACUAACGUGGUGGCCGCUAUUUCGCGAUUGCUCAUUUUACAGUUUAAGUCUCUUAAUUUUGAUUUAUUUUUUUCGUGAUAAUUUAAUUUACUGGUGGGAGGCGCUGAUACUAUUUAGUAUUUAUAUGAGCUACGUGGGAUUCAUGAAAUGGAACCAACAAGUGGAGAGAUGCGUUAAGAAAGUCAUAACGAAAAAUAAGGUGACUCGCGUUCGAAGCACUGAUCAACUAAUGCCUGCAGGAAAUGCGGCGAAUUCAUCAGAAACCUCAAUGGCAACACAACCGGGUGGUUCGGUGACGUCAAGGGCAGCAUCGGAGACCCGUUCGGGGCCAGCUGGCUCGAGUAGUGGAGCGACAGGUAAUAGCAGUAGUGGAACUACACAGACUGGUGCAAAAUUUCGUCAUGGCCUAUUGCAGCUUAUGAUUCACACAAUAGAUCCGCUUCAUGAUGAUGAUGUUCCAGGCAAGGUGGACGAAAAAGCAACACAACUCCAUGCGAUUGCAUCCCUGAAAGUGCUCCUCGAUGCCACAAAACCACAACGUGGCGGUGCGACAACUUCCGCAGCGAAUCAUGUAAAAAUCAAUCUAAAGGAAACCACAUUGGCCGACCGACCGAAUGGCAACAUCGAUACUACGUUAGAAUCGCCAUCAUUGAGUGCUCGUCGUCCUAGCUGGAUUGAACAGAGGGUCAAAAUUCAGACACGAAGAUUUAGUACCAAACAGGGCAACGAAAUCGAAGAACCACCAGAAGCCUUAAGUAUGGCUUGGCCAUCAACUGCACGAAAACGAUUAACCUAUGUCCUGGUGGCGCCUCUUCUAUUUCCACUUUGGCUAACGUUACCCGAUACACGAACUCCCAGAGGCAAACAAUACUAUCCGGUGACAUUUAUUGGUUCGAUAUUGUGGAUAGCCGCUUAUUCAUAUCUUAUGGUGUGGUGGGCUAAUGUAGCCGGCGAUACUGCACGAAUACCACCUGAGGUUAUGGGUUUAACAUUCCUCGCAGCUGGAACAUCAAUACCUGAUCUAAUUACCUCAGUGAUUGUUGCCCGAAAAGGAUUCGGCGAUAUGGCUGUGUCAAGUUCAGUUGGUAGCAAUAUAUUUGAUGUUACUGUAGGAUUACCAAUACCAUGGCUUCUCUAUGGCAUCAUUUACGAUGCACCCGUCGAAGUAAAUUCAGUUGGAAUGGUCUGUUCUAUAACAAUACUCUUCAUGAUGUUACUAUUUGUAGUAAUGUCAAUUGCGUGUUUCCGCUGGAAAAUGAAUAAAGGUCUUGGCUUUACAAUGUUUUUGUUAUAUUUCGUAUUCGUAGCUGUUUCGCUCAUGUUCGAAUACAAUAUUAUAGUAUGUCCAGUGUAAAAGGCAUUAUUACUCUAACUUAUACUUAUAUAACAAAAUAAAAACCUUUAUAUGUAAAACAAAAAAAACUAUAUAUAAACACACACACAGAACUCUUUCAAAAACAUUAUUAUAUAUAAACAACAAAAAAAAUAUGAAUAAAAACACAACUAAAAAUUAAAAAUUUUAGAUUAACAAAAUUUUAAAAAAUUUAUAAAAAAAAAACAAAAAAACAAAACCACUAACUUCCCUCUUACAUUAAAAUAUAUAUACUUAUAUAUAAAAAUAUAUAUUUCUCAUGUUAGGUGAGUUCUUUUAUGUUAAAUAAUUUCACUCAUUAUCAAUUGAUUAAUUAUAACUUUAAUGUUAUAGAUUAUAUUUAUAUAUAAUUUUAUUUAUAUACAUAUAAGUAUAUUUACAUAUAUAGUAUAUGUAGGUAUAUGAAACAACCUUAUCAACAAAUGAAAAAUUAAAAAAAAAAAAACAAAAAUAUCUUGUAAACAAAAUAAAUGAACAAUACCAUCGUUUUAUUGAUUGACUUUAAACAAAAUUUUAUUUUAAGUAAUUUAUAUAUAUAUAUAUAGAUAAGCGAUUAAAGUAUUAUAUAUACAUAUAAUAUAUAAAAUUAUUACUAUUAUAUACUAGAACAAACAUUUCAAAUCGAUUCAUACUUUAGUUUUUCUUUUGUCAAUAUAUAAACAAAUAUAAAUUUAAAGAAAAAAAUAAAUACGAAAAGCACAAUUUUUCAGUGAAACGAAAACAAUAAAAUAGCAAAAAUAAAAACAAAGAGAAAAAGAAAAUUAUGAAAUUCUCUCUCGUAAAUGAAAGUAAAAUUAUUGCAGUUUUAAAAUCAAUAUUAAAUACCAGCACAAGAUACGAUUUAAUUAUUAAUGUUUGUUCCCUCUGUUCGUUUGCUUUGAUUUAUAUUCAAUUGAAAUAUGAUUUUAAUCAAUUUUCUUUAAAUAAAAUAAAACAAAUUAUUUUUUCUGUCAUUAGUUAUUGAUUUUUCUUUAUUUUUAAUAACAAUUUAUUGAUUGAUUGAAUUAUUUUUAAAAUAAAAAAAAAAUCUAUAUAGUCAAAUUUAUCAUAAACUUUAAAAAAUGCCUCAACUAUGUAUAGAUAAAAUUUAUUUAAAAACAAAACAAAAAAUCAUUAAAUAUACUCUACUUCACACUUAACUAUAAAGGUCUUAGAUAAAAAAAAUUUAAAACUUUAAUAAGAUUUGAACUUAAAUCAAUUUCUUAAUUAAAAGCCUAAUUUUAAAAGCGCUUGACUUAAUUUUAUUUGCUAAAUUAAUAAAUAAGUAAAAUACGUAUUAUUAGUAAAAUUAUUCUUAAAAAUACAUUUAUGAAUUUAUUUUGUUUUGUUUGCGAUUGUUUUCCUUAAAUUUCUCCUCUUCGAAAUUUGAAAGUUAAGAAAAUUAUAAAUCCUUGAACUUAAUAUCUAAAAUAUCUUGUUGCUUUUAAAAUUGUUUAUUUGAAAUAUAAAUUGUGAUAAAUCAUUGUACCGUUUGUGGUAAAGUUCCCUUGUUCAUAUAUUAAAAAAGCAUUAACACUAUGAAUUCGAGCACUAAUUUUUCAAUUUCAUUUUUGUUUUUAUGAGUGUUUUAUUUUUAAUAUUCUCUCUUAAAAAUAAAUUUUAAAAAACUUUGCAAUAUUAUAAACUUAAAAAAAAAAAACAGAUAAACAGUUAAACCCUGCAGUUUUUCUUGCGAAUAAAUAAUAUUAAAUAUAAAAAUACGAAACAUAAAAAUAAACUUCUCUGCCAAUUUUUCUAUAAAGAAACAUAGUACUUUCGCAAAAUAAAAUAUAAAUCAAACAUAAUAAAAAAAAAUUAAAAUCCAAACCAAAAUUCUAGCAAAUUACAAAUAUAACAAGUUUAAAACAAAAGCAUAUGUAUGUAUAUAUAUACAUAUAUGUUAAAAGAAAAAUACGGAAAUACAAAGAAAAAUACAUAUUUUAUAAUAUGAAAGCAAUAAUUAAUUAUAAAGUGUUUAUAUAAAUUAUAUACAUUUAAAGAAAAACAAAACAUGAAAGAAACAAGUUACUUGGAAUUUUUUUAAGAACAAAAUAAACGACGAUAAAAUACAAAAAAAAAUUAUAUAUACAUACAUAUAUAUAGAAUGUACUAAAUUGUAGGUAUAAAUUAAUGAAAAUGUGACACUCUUUUUCCUAUAUGAUUGUUUUUCUAUUUUAAUUUGGGUUUUUAAUUUACCAUAGAUCUUUUGUUAUGUUUUUUAAAGCUAAAACAUAUCUUUAAAAAAAAACACACAUUGCUUCAAACUACAUUUUUAAAAAAAGUAUGUUUAUUUCAAUUAUAAAAAUAUAAAAUUUUUAAAAAGGUGUAUACAAUUACUUAUAUACAAAAAAAUAUAAUUCGAAUACAAAGUUUAUGCACCAACAAAUAAAUAAACAAACUAAAGAAAAUAAAAUUAAAAUUGAAAUUAAACUUAAACUUAAAAUUAUUAUUAAACUUAAAAUUUUAAACUUUAAAAUGUAUCUUUAGAAAAAAAGGAAAAUAACUUUUCUUCUGUUUUAAGUUCUAUUGUUUGUUAAACAUUAAAACAUAAAUAACAACACAAAUUUUCUUAUGAAUUUGCCUUAAAAAAGAAUGUAAACAUUAUUUUUUAUUAUUUUAAACAUUAUUUAUUUAUAAACAUACAUAUAUAUUCAAUCUUUACAUUUGUGUAAACAAUCUUCUCGAGAAAAUCAUUUCAAAACGUUAUAUUUUAUAGAUGAAGAACUUAAAGGCGCUAAAGUCGUAAAAUAGUUAAGUUAAAUUGCGAAAAAUCUUUUUAGUCCUUAAAACAAAUUAAAAUCUUAUUAACGUAGAAAUGUCAUCAAAACUGACAAAUGAAAUUUCGAUUUAGUUUCACUUUUGCUUUAGAGGUAACGAGAACUUGUCAAACGUACCUCAUUUACGUCAAGCUGACAUUUUGAUAGCAAAAAUCGAAAUACCAAGGAAGCGCUUUAAACACAUCCAAUACAUAUUUGACAUUUGAAUUCUGUGAUUUUGUGUAUUUGAACAAUACUCUAUAGGUGUUUUUUUUUUUCAAGUUUAGAGCAGAGACCUGAGCAAAGUCUGAGCACGUUGAGUUCAGUCUGAGCAGAGUUUAGUCUGGACAACUGACCUGUCAAUAGUUAAGGAAUCUGUCUCUGCUCGGAGCUUAAAAAGAAAAACGCCAUACAUGAAAACAUAAAUCCUCAGUAGUUGCAACCUUGGUUUGCCUACAAGAUAUAACAAGAUGUUAACACAUCUCUUAAUUUUGAUUCUUAAUUUGAAAUUGAUUCAAGACAAAAAUACAUGUUUUCAUUGUGGAUUUAAAGGUGUCUGGACGACUAAUUGAGAAUUCACCAUCAAUAUGGCUCCCGUUCGUUUAUUUUCAUGUCAUUUUUUUGUUCUGUCAAAAAUUCUUACACUCUGCUUAUACUUUACUUUGUGAAGGUACUUCUAGUGCCAUGAGGACUUUCCCCCUUAAAAUCGAUGCAAAGAUGGUAGGGUUCGCCAUUCCCACAAAGUCAAAACUGGUAAAACAAAGGAGCCCACUUAGCGAAGUCAAUACAUUUAACCCCUUGUUGGAUCGCAGAAAGAGCAGACAAAUUGAUUAAGAACGGAUCAAUGCUACAUCUCAUCACAUUUUCUAUUAAGAAACAUCAAAUAUCAAAUAUUUAAGAACUACUAAUUCUUUUGCUUUAAACAUCUUACAUUGUUCGCAGCCAGCGUUUAGUUUUCUACCAUUAAAACGAUUAAAAGGAUCCUAGGACGCAAACUUAUAUUCUGUUCAUAAUUUGUUUUUGUUUUAAAAAAAUUAAACUACUUUAACAAAAAAUGUCACCUUCUUCUUAAAUUUGGUUUUAUUUAAUUUUGUUUAACACAUAUAUUUUAAAUUUAAAUAACUUUGAUUAAUUAAAAAUCAAAAAACAAAUAAUAUAAAUUUCCUCCACAUAAAAUUUAAAAAAAAUUAAAAGGUUUGCUUGAAAAUAUAAUUAUAAUCAAACUUAACUCUGACUAUGUAGGUACCAAAAAUUUCAUUACAUAUACAUACUUACACACAAAAAUAAGUAAAACUCUUCAGCUUUAAUAGUAAAACAAAAUAAAAAAAAGUUAUUUAAUUAAAUAACUCAAAAAUAUACACUCUUAACAAAAUUUUAAAAAAUUAAUUACAUUUUUUCCCUUAAAAAACUCCAUGUAACUUUUUUGCUUAACCAAACAAAAUUUCUCUCACUUAAAUGAAUCUCUUUGAAAAACAAAAAAUAAAUAUUUAUAAACAAAAUUUCAAACUAAUUUUCAAAAUAUCAAGCGGUAACACAAAAAUAAUUAAAAAAAAAUUCUAUAAAUUGCGUCCUUAAUAUUAAAAAGGUGCUUAUACUUUUAUUUGUUGAUAACUUUUUAAACGAAAAUACGAUUUAAAAAAAGUGUUUCAUUAGCCAAGACCGCGAAAAAUAUGGUUCAAUAUUAAAUUAUAUUAGAAAAAGGAGUAAAUAAAGAUUUAACCUGUUAAAUAUUAUUUUUGUUCUUUAAUUUUGCUAUACCUACACAUGAGUUUUAAAAUUAAAAUUCAAAUCAACAAUGAAAGCCUUUAAUAUAAAAUUAAAAACAAAAAACAAUAUAUUUAAAUGUUGUUAUAAGAAACAAACAUAUAUAUAUAUAUAUAUAUAUUUAUAUUUAACAAAAAAUUAAAAAAUAAUUCAAUAUACCAAAAAGGCAUAAUAUAAAAAUAUAUAAAUUCUUUUCAAUUAACAAUAAUUAAUUUUGCUUAUUUAAACUUCGUUUAAAGAAUGAAAAUAUUAAACAAAAAAAUGGACUUUUAUAUUUGAAAUUAAAUUAAACUAAAUACAAAUACAGCGGAGGAAGAGAAAAAAUAGUUAACAUUGUAGCUUAAAAACAAAAUAUAACAUAUUUAAAUAAAAACAAAAUUAAAUCAUCAUAUUUUCCUCCGAUUCGUAUUUAAUAAAUUUGUUCAGUUUAAUUUUGUUUUUAAUUUUAUUAUAUCGAUCCAAAACUAUACAAAAUGGAAACUUUCUAAUGUUUGUGGUAAAUUUUGAAGAAUACAAAUUAAAUUAUUUAAAAAACAACAACAACAAAAAUAAAAGAAUUUUCUUAUAACAUAUCUUCAACAUAUCAAAAAUUGCAUUGGAAUAUUUAAUUUUUCUAUGUGUACUCAUUGUGAUCUUCCUUUUAAAACUAAAUUUUUGCUGGUAUAUCAUUUUAUGAAUUUACUAUUAUUAAAUUACAUAAUAUGCAUAAAUACAUUUUUAGCAUUAUAAUAAAUAUUACAAAUAAAUAAACAAGAUCUAGAACAUAGAUAUAAUUGUAUUAUUAAAUAUGCAAAAAGUAUCUACACACAUAAAAGAACGGUUCGAUUCGAUUGAAGUAAUUUUUUAAUUUCUUAAAUAUAUAAAAUAUUGAUUUAUUUACAUUUUAUUUACAUUAUGUUCUUUCAAAAUGUCAGUUUGUAUUUAAUAAAAACUAAAUUAUUUAAAUUUUAUCAAUUUGAAAAUUUUGACGAUUGUUAGUAAGCAGGUAGAAGGUAUUAUCUUAAAGGCCCCAUCACAUGGUGGUUUUACUUGAUAGAUUGUGUUGUGGUUACAAAAUAACAAUUAUACAGUUAUUUUGAAUAACUUACAAGUUUGAUAGCAUGCCAUAAAAUAAAGAUGACACCCAAUAACAACCAACAAAAUUAAGAUGAACCGUGAGGUGAAAUGAGAAAUGGUCAAAUUGUUCAACUGUAUUAAAGUGUCAAAAACCUAAAUACAUGUUUAUUUUAAUGGAUGACUUAGACAUUUCAAAUUGCUAAACGUUAUUUAGAAUUGAAUUGCUUUCUUUGUUACCACAGUCGUAGAUUUUCAAGAAUUGUAUAGACUAUAAAAAGCAUAUCCAGAAAUUAAUUUUCUCUUGUAAAAGUGACAAAAUAAUGCAAGAAAAACGUUAAAGAAUUCAGUUGAAAAUCCUUCCCAGUGCAAAAGUAUAUACUAUAUUUCGUUUGCCAAUUAAGGGAGCAGUUAUAACUAUCAUUGAAAUCAAUCUGGACAUUUUUUUGAAUGGAUAUUUGACUGUGUUAAGUACCCGUGUUGGACUGAGUUCUUGGGUUCAAUUUCUGCCUGUUCCAUUUAAAGUUUUUUUUUUUACGGGUAAAAACGCUUUCUCAAAAGUAAAACGAACCGUUCCACAGGUUUUUGUUUCAAUUUCAAACAAUUCCAACGACAGGUUUCUGUCAGAAAAAUUUAUUCGGUGGAUUUCAAUCAGGAAUUUGUUUUUAAUGACAGAAAUGUUCAAUGAUAGCUAUAAACAAACUGUCAAAAUAUUGAUUAGUUUCAAUGAUGAAAACGAAUGGGAGCUAAAAUUGGUCCCUUAACAUCUGUUUUAAAUGAUCAGUAGUUUGUAAAGUUUUAAUAAUAGUUAAAAUGUUUGUGUUAGUAUCGAUAUGAUAUUUUUGUGUUUUCUAACUAUCAAAACUGAGCUUUUUAAUUAUUAUCCUUUAAAUAACUUGCAUAUUUUUACUAUAAAUAAUAUAUUUUUUUUAAUAUAUCUUAAAUUUGAACCUGUUAAUCUAAUUUUUCUCAAUUUUUACCACAAAAUUUGUAAGUUUCAAUAAGUUUUAUUGUAUGGGAUCCUUAUUAAUUCUUUUUUCAAUAAGUAUUCUUUACAAAAAUAAAUCGAUACCUCUGUUUGAAACCUUAGCAAAUAAUAGUUCAUACGAAGAGAAUAAAUUUAAAAUUAAAGAAAAACAAAAAUGAAGACAUACAUAUAGUUAUAUUAUUAUACAAUUGUGUAUAAGUAAUAAAAUACGCUUUUACUUCAUAAGGACUGUAUAAAAAUUAAAACAAAGAAAAACAAAAAUGAAACACACAAUUAGGAGUUAUUAGUUAAUUAAAUAAUAAUAUAAAUAAAUUUAAAUACAAACAAAAACAAAAAAAGAAAGAAACAUACAACACUUAAGAGUUAAGUUUAUAGAAUGAAAAAUGAGAAAAACAAAAAAACAAUUACUUCAUAUAUUAUAUAUACAUUAAAAAACAAAAGUUCACGCUUCUAUUAAAAUUUAUAAAGAAUUAAAUAAAAAACAAAAACUUAAAUAAAAAGUAUUUAUAGGAGGAAUGUUAUAAACAAAAACAACAAAAAGAAUUAAAUUAAAUCAAAUAAAAAUUAAAUAUAACUAAUUAAAAAAAAAAAACAAAAACAAAAAAAGGAAAACUUUAUUGCAUUUAUUCAUUCGCAAACAAAAAAUAAUAAAACAAAAAAUGUUAAACUAUAGUUUUAUAGAAGUUUUGAUGUAGAAAUCGUUUUCAUGUUCGUAUAUAUUAAAAAUUAAUGAAAUUGUUUGUUAUUUAGUUUAUAAUAAUUUAACUCGGUUAUAUAUAUACAUUGAUAGAAAGUUUCGUUCAUACAUAAUCUUUGAUUCAGCCUUUUACUUUUUUUGUUUUUCAAACACAACCGUUUUCAACACUCAGAAACAUUUUUAAAAAAGCAAAACAACGAUUCAAUAACAUAAAAAAUAAAAAAGGAGUUACUAAAUAUAUAAUUUCGAAUGUUUUUAUUAUCGUUUUGUUUAUACAAAAAAUUAUCUAAAAAGCAAACAUGUAAAAAUCGAAAUCAUGGUUUUUUAAGAAUGAAACAAAAUUAUACAUAUAUAUAAAAGCUGAAUUAUAAUCCCACAACAAAAACAAAUCGUAUUAUACAUUAUAAAACAAAAACAACAACAAUAUAAUAUUAUAAAACUAAAAACUAAAAAUAUAUAGAGAAAAUGAAGAUUAAAAAUGAAAAACAAAAAGAAAACGAAACAAAAAAUGAUGAAGAAUUAUAUUAUAAUGUUAACUAGUUAUGUAGGUCAGUUAAAUAAUAUUUAUUAUUAUUAUUAUUAUUAAUUAUUAAAUUAUUAUAAUUAUUACGAUUAUUAUAUAACGAAUAAAAACAAACAAAACUAACUGAGAACAAAACUAAAUUUUAGUAGCUAUUGAAAAAGCAAAACAUAGCUUAAACAUAACAAAAGAAAGUUAAAAAUCCAAAAAUAAA